AUGUUCUUCCAACCGAUACCAGCUAAAGAUAAAAUCACUUUCACGAAUAAAGAAGGUAAAAAGGAAACUGGUAACAAAAUCAGGUUCAGAAAUGGUUUCUGUCACGGCGUUUUAACAUCGGUCGAUAUUCAAGAAAUAGUAAAAGCCGGUGGACGAAUUAUUAGAAUAUUAGAUGGUAAUUCCUUGUAUGGUAAAUCAAUUCAGAAAGAUAUAUUCACAACUAGACAUUUAUGGAAUGAAGCAACUUUACAGGUCAACUUUGAUUCACGUGUUAAAACCUACCUAAUAAAAAUUAAUGAUACUCAAUAUAUUGUUGAAACAGAAAUUGAAGAAAAAGAGAUUACUACCAAAGAUAGUAAAUCUACACGACUAACACCUAGUCAUUUGGGAUCAUUCGUUUUAUCUCACAGUAAAAAAAUAAUGAAUAAUUUCAUUCACGUCAUAAAUGGAUUUUAUAAACCCGAAAUAUACUAUACCGACACCGAUAGUUUGUACAUUUCAUCCAACAAUUGGAAAAAACUAAACAGAGCUGGUUUGGUCUCCGAAAAAGACUAUUGCAAAGGUAAAAACGAUUACGGUGACGGUGGAAUUAUAUUUGGUUCAUAUUUAGCACCAAAAGUCAAAUACAACAUCGUUUUGACUUCUGAUGGUGUUUUAAAAGAAAAGAAAACGUUUAAAGGUUAUUCUAAUGAUAACAUAAGUGUAGAAGAUUACGUUCAGUUAGCAAGCGGACAUGAUGUGUCGAACGAAUUUAAGAAACCAUGGGAAAAAAGUUUCACCAAUGGAGUAGUUAUUCCAAAUGAUAAACAAACUAAAGUUUUUAGAAGUUAUUUGAAUAAUGUUAAAAGAAAACCACCAAACAGUGAAGGGAUUAUGUAUCCUUACAACGACAAAGAUGGGUAUAGUUUUGAUCAAAACUAUGAAUUUGAUGAUUUCGAUUAUCUUACUAUUAAAGAAGAGAAUGAAGAUUGUUUUAAAUGA